AUGGCGGACGUCGACAUGGCUGAUGCUCCGCCGGCAAAGACCAAGACGGCCAAGGCCAGUGCCACGGCCGACGGCGAAAAGAAGCGCUUCGAGGUCAAAAAGUGGAAUGCUGUAGCUCUCUGGGCGUGGGACAUUGUCGUCGACAACUGCGCCAUCUGCCGUAACCACAUCAUGGACCUCUGCAUCGAGUGCCAGGCAAAUCAAGCGUCCGCCACGAGCGAAGAGUGCACUGUCGCCUGGGGCAUCUGCAAUCACGCAUUCCACUUCCACUGCAUCUCCCGAUGGCUCAAGACGCGACAGGUCUGCCCGCUCGACAACCGAGACUGGGAGUUCCAGAAAUACGGUCGAUAA